AUUUUCUUAAUAAUUUCCCGUUAAAACAGAUUGCAACUGAAACUGAAGCGCACGCAAAACCUCAGCAAUGGCGCUUAAAACCCUAUCCACUUUCAUCACACCACUUUCUCUCCCAAACCAAAAAUUUCCACAAAUUCACACCAAACCAUGCUUCAUUCUCUGCGAAUUAUCUCGUCCGUCCAAAUCGCGUCCUUCUUCCGCCAUACCAGAAGGCACCGGCGCAGCUGCUCCGUCACCGGGAGAGAAGUUCCUCGAGCGCCAACAAUCAAUUGAAGCAACUAAACGCAUCCUCAAAGAAACCAACAAAAGUAGAAAGAAAGAGAAUAAGCCUCUCAAAGCUUCUAAUUCCGUCGCUUCUUGUUAUGGCUGUGGUGCUCCUUUACAAACUUCCGAAAACGAUGCUCCUGGUUUUGUCGAUCCCGAAACCUAUGAAUUGAAGAAAAAACAUCACCAGCUGAGAACCAUUCUCUGCGGGCGGUGCCGGCUUUUAUCUCAUGGAAAAAUGAUAACUGCUGUUGGAGGUCAUGGAGGAUACUCUGGCGGAAAACAGUUUGUUACGGCUGAAGACCUUCGACAAAAAUUGUCUCAUUUGCGUAAUGCCAGAGCUCUAAUUGUUAAAUUGGUUGAUAUUGUUGACUUCAAUGGCAGUUUUUUGUCACGAGUGCGAGAUCUUGUUGGUGCUAAUCCAAUAAUAAUGGUGGUGACUAAGAUUGAUCUCCUUCCAAGAGAUACUGAUCUUAAUUGUAUUGGGGAUUGGGUUGUAGAGGCUACCACAAAAAAGAAGCUGAAUGUUCUAGGUGUCCAUCUCACCAGUUCAAAAUCAUUGGUAGGAAUAACUGGGGUAAUAUCAGAAAUCCAGAAAGAGAAGAAGGGAAGAGAUGUUUACAUUCUGGGUUCAGCUAAUGUUGGAAAAUCUGCUUUCAUCAAUGCCUUAUUAAAGACAAUGGCUUUUAACGAUCCAGUGGCAGCAGCUGCACAAAGAUACAAACCAGUACAGUCUGCUGUUCCUGGAACUACCUUAGGGCCAAUUCCAAUUAACGCUUUCCUUGGAGGAGGGAAACUGUAUGACACUCCAGGAGUUCAUCUCCACCAUAGGCAAACUGCAGUUGUUCAUUCCGAAGAUCUAUCCUCCCUUGCUCCUAAAAGCCGACUGAGGGGCCUAUCUUUCCCAAGUUCUCAAGUAAAUUCGAACAAUACAGAGGAAGGUGCUUCAACAGUAAAUGGCUUGAAUGGAUUUUCAAUAUUUUGGGGAGGCCUUGUUAGAAUUGAUGUCUUGAAGGCUCUACCAGAAACAAGUUUGACAUUUUACGGACCCAAGCGGCUACCAAUUCAUAUGGUGCCCACGGAGAAAGCAGAUGAGUUUUAUCAGAAAGAACUUGGAGUUCUGCUUAUCCCACCAAGUGGACGAGAGAAGGCUGAGAACUGGAAACUUGACGGAGAACAUAAAUUGCAAAUAAAAUUUGAAGAUGCUGAAAGGCCUGCUUGUGAUAUUGCUAUAUCAGGUCUAGGAUGGCUUUCUGUUGAGCCGGUUAGUAGGUCGCACAAAUUCUUCCAACAAACACCAAUAGAGACUGCGGGCGAAUUGCUUUUAGCCGUACAUGUCCCCAAACCUGUUGAGAUUUUUGUGAGGCCGCCAAUACCAGUAGGCAAGGCUGGGGCAGAGUGGUAUCAGUAUAGAGAAUUAACAGAUAAAGAGCAGGAAACGAGACCAAAAUGGUACUUUUGAAUUAUGUGUAUUCUUUGUUUUUCCUUUUACUGUUUUUUUGGUUUUGUGGGGAGGGGUACAUGGAAAGUUAUUUCUAUGAAUUGAAAUUCGACCUUUACACAAGUCCUCAACCAACUCAUUUUACAUGUAUUAUUAAUUAUUAAUGUGAGUAAUAUAACUUAGGCAUCAUUUUGAAAGGAUGGAAAUUUACAGAAACCAUGUCUCAAUGUGUAAUAUAUCUAUAAUAAAGUCACAUGAUUGAUUUUAA